UCUUCUGUCCGUCGACAUGAUCAUGGUGAUCAGGAUGACGCAUUCAUCAUCGACAUGGAACCCGCCACGUCUCCCAAAACCUCCAAAAUCGAAAAGAUUAAGUCCGGCUGGUGUAGAGUAAGAAGAAAAUCGGUACCAGGAUACCCGAGCUCGAUACGGAAGCAUCCGGUCGCAGAGAUCAAACCAGCGCGGAUAGGCCGGGGCAUAUGGUACGAUCAAUUGCUCGUUGACCGCUCCCUGCGAACAAUGGCUGCUCUCAUGACGCUCUUCGCGAUUGUGAUGCUCAUUAUCGUGGGCGUGAACAUGAAGGCGUUCCAACAGCGCGUGAAUCGAUACUCGUCUUCGAUAGGCAGCAAUAGUAAGAAUUGCAAGCAUAUCGCGCGUAUGAACACAGCGCUUUUGUUCCUUAUCAACGUCGCCGCGACCAUGAUCCUUGGAAUGUCUAACACCUAUCAGCAGCUCAUCACUUCCCUGAAGAUCGACGACCUAGAGCAUAUGCUGCAGAAAUUCGGCGACUCGCGUGUAGGAACAAAUUCCCCUUUAAACAUCAAUCACAAGGUUCAGGGGAAGAAGCGGUCGUGGGUGGCUUGGACAUUCUUGAUUGUGACUUCACUGCCCGUCCACUUCCUCGCCAACUCUCUGAUCGGUCCGUCAAUCGUCAUGCAACCGCCUAGUAAUGUUCAAUUGAACGAAAUGACAAUGAAUGCGAGCAUGCCCAGGCGAGAGGAUUUGAUCUACUCGGAUUCUUUCUUGUGCUGGAGCGCGUUCCGGACAGGCACUGCUCAUUUCGGGAAGAAGGUCAUGAACCUUGAUACGCCUGGUGACGUUUUUUCUGUAGCUACCCACAUUCGCGAGGGCAUGACAUACGGCAAGUUCAUUAUAAAUUACCAGAAAGAUGUGUGCACAGGCUUUAUAGGAACCGCGGUUGAUGUAGACGCGCUGGAGGAAGUUGAGCAUUACAACGACUAUUCAUUUCUCCGAUACGGUGUUGAGUUUAACCCUGAGUGUAAUAUGUCAGCAGCGGUCUAUUGCUCUGUCCACGAGCCGAAACCGAUAGCGUGCCGCCUGAAUGUCCGAAUGAAUGCAGCGUUCGUGCUUCUGGGUUGCUUGACCUCGAAGGCCAUCUAC